CUUGACGCAACUCGGCUGGCACAUCAUUUAAUUGCCGGCUAGUACGCAUCGAAGGCAGACGGCGUUAAGGAAAUCCCUCCUUGCAAACCGGAAAUUUUUCACUAGAUAUAUAGAGAUGGCGCCGAAAAUCGCUCAUCCCGCUCCUGACUUUAAGGGCGUCGCAGUCGUCGACGGAAAAUUUAAAACAAUUCAACUCUCUGACUAUGUAGGAAAAUACGUGGUGUUGUUCUUCUACCCACUGGACUUCACUUUCGUUUGCCCAACCGAAAUAGUUGCUUUCUCUGAAGCUGCAGCACGCUUCGAGGAAAUCGACUGCCAGGUGAUAGGUUGCUCCACUGAUUCGCACUUCUCUCACCUGGCGUGGAUCAACACUCCUCGCAAUGAAGGCGGUUUAGGUAGCAUGAACAUUCCGCUACUGGCCGAUAAAAGCAUGGAGAUUGCGAAAGCAUACGAUGUUCUCAAAGACAACGAUGGCAUUACGUUCCGUGGAUUGUACAUCAUAGACGGGAAAGGAAUAUUGCGUCAAAUCACCGUGAACGAUCUCCCGGUGGGCCGCGCCGUUGAGGAAGUACUGCGGCUGGUUCAAGCUUUCCAGCUCACCGAUAAGCAUGGAGAGGUGUGUCCUGCCAACUGGAGACCAGGAUCUGCAACGAUGAAGCCAGAUACCGAAGGCAGUAAGGCUUACUUUGCCAGUCAGGCUUAAAACACAAACAGAAAAAUUGGUUCGCUUUACCAGGUUCUUGUUCUAUGUAGAUCGAGCAUAUACUACCAACCUAUAAUGAUUGAAUGUGCACUUGAUUUAUCCAUUUAUUAUAAUAUCACAAAAGAUUUCAAUAAAGCAACCAAGGAAUCUUAUAGAAUGUUUUA